CUUCCUUCCUUCUUUCCUUCCGAAGCCAGGAGAUACCGUGCUCGGUUCGCUCGUUAUUCGCCGGAUGCUACGCAGAGUUGCUGGACCGUGGCUCCGGUCUCUGCGUUGAGGCUGUUUCAAUCUAUCUUGCGCGUUCCAAGCCGAGCCGGAACUGUCGGAGUGGGCACCUGAGGCUCACCGGAAGGCGUUGGGAGCCGGACCGGAAGGGGGAGCAGAUUUGUUGGGGAGCCUCUCCCGCUUGACCUGAGGGCCGCUCGGCUUCUGACGGCGCUUGUGGGCGGCCGCCCGGGGAGACGCCGCCGUCAUGUCCGCCUUCGUGGACUUCAAAGUCUACGUGGAUCAAGCAUGUAGAGCAGCAGAAGAAUUUGCAAAUAUUUAUUAUGAAACCAUGGAUAAAAGAAGAAGGGUAUUAACCAGACUGUACACUGAUGAUGCAACUUUAGUUUGGAAUGGGAAUGCCGUAUCUGGCCAAGAAGCCCUUGCUAAAUUCUUUGAGAUGUUACCAUCUAGUGACUUUCAACUGAACACGUUUGAUUGCCAGCCUGUUCAUGAGCAAGCGACCCAGAAUCAAACUACUGUUCUUGUUGUGACCAGCGGGACUGUCAAAUUUGAUGGCAACAAGCAACAUUUCUUCAACCAGAACUUCUUGCUAACAGAACAGACCACAAAUAAUAACACAGUCUGGAAAGUCAUGAGUGACUCUUUCCGUUUCCAAGAAGCCCCUCAUUAGAGAGAGGAGCAAGAUAUCUUCUUCUGGAUUAUUAUUGUUAUUUUUAAUAGCCUUGGUUUUGUGGGUGAGCCUGUUGAGUAUGGAAAUUCACCCGUCCCUGCGCAUCUCUUUGUAUGUUUCACAGUUAUAGCAUAUGUUGUUUAUUAAUGAAAGAACUUUCCUGUUUUCAAGAUUUCAUUAGGCUGCAUCACAGCCAAGCUUAAUUCUACUUGAUUACCUCUAGGUGGUAAUGGACACAUUUUUAUAAGCAUUCUCUGCACUUUCCAACUUUAACCAAUUUUAGAUUUAACACAUGACGGACUUUUCUUCUCCUCUGAAUAUUUUGGGAGAAAUGCUAUUAGGCAAAAUUUUUGUUUACUUCAGUGAGAAUUAAAAUUAUGGUGGGAAGAGACCUAGAUUGUAUCUGUGAUUCAUGAGAUCUUCUGGAAUUUGUGGGCCUUGCUGAAACAAGUACAAGAAUUUUGCUACAGGUUGGGUGAAACCUGAGCAUGUAGUUGAUUUAUUCCUGUGGGAUUUCCCUCUCUGUUUAUGCUGUUUUUAUACAUGUUUGCAUUUUUCAACUAUUCCAUAGCAGUAAUUGCUUCAGGUUUCGAUAUUCGGGGAGAGAGAAAAGGUUUUAUUAAAAGGGGAAAUCCAUCUCAGGGA